GCUCCGGCCAUGGCCCAUGGCAGCGCGGCAGUCAUGCUGAAGUGCGUGGUGGUGGGGGACGGCGCCGUGGGCAAGACGUGCCUGCUGAUGAGCUACGCCAACGACGCCUUCCCCGAGGAGUACGUGCCCACCGUCUUCGACCACUACGCAGUCAGCGUUACCGUCGGGGGCAAGCAGUACCUCCUGGGGCUGUACGACACCGCCGGCCAGGAAGACUAUGAUCGUCUGAGACCUUUAUCUUAUCCUAUGACCGAUGUCUUCCUUAUCUGCUUCUCAGUGGUAAACCCUGCUUCAUUUCAAAAUGUGAAGGAAGAGUGGGUACCGGAGUUGAAGGAAUAUGCACCUAAUGUUCCCUUUUUACUAGUAGGAACACAGAUUGAUCUUCGUGAUGACCCAAAAACUCUGGCAAGACUGAAUAAUAUGAAAGAGAAGCCCAUAUCUGUGGAGCAAGGACAGAAAUUAGCAAAAGAGAUAGGAGCCUACUGCUAUGUGGAGUGUUCAGCUUUAACACAGAAAGGACUGAAGACCGUUUUUGAUGAAGCUAUUAUAGCCAUUCUAACUCCAAAGAAACAUACCAUGAAGAAGAGAAUAGGCUCAAGAUGCAUAAACUGCUGUUUGAUCACAUGA